UAUACACACACACAUCACACAUACACAUACACAUACACAUACAUAAAGAUUAUAUGCGACUUUCUGUUUAUUAUAACUUAACCUCUAAACCCAUCCCUGAUUCGAUCCGAUUAUCAAUUAUCACAUUUAAAGAGUUCAAACAUGAAUUUACGAGAGCCAAAGAAGAAAAGAACAAAGUUGAAAUUACAGUUACCAUUCCCCAUUCCACUGAAUGAACCACAGAACUGGCCAAUAUAUACAGCACACCUCACAGAUGUAGGAACCUGCAUAAUUGAGCCUGAUGAGAUGGCUGCGGUGCAUUCUAUGGGAUUUUUUGGCAAAGGAUCAUUAUCACGUAGUUAUCCAUCGUUUGGCAAAAGAAGAUAUGAAGCACCACCUGUUAUUCGGAACAGACAAUGGGUUCGCAGACAGAAAUGGCUUGAGGAAGUCAAAGAAUUGAACUCUAGUAACUACAAAGACGUUAAAGCAAUUGCACAAUCCGAAGAAGAAAACGUUACGAAUAACGAUGAAGAAAACAUUGGCGAUGUCGUUGAAAUUCCAUCAAAUUCCAUUGAAAAUGGAAAUAAGCAGAGAAACGAGACCGACACAAAGAAUAUAAAAAUUGAUGAAGUUACUUUAGAUUCUGCAGAGGAAGAUGAUAUAUGCAUUAUUAUCAAUAGGGACACGAAACAACAAUGUGAUAACACUGAAAGUUCACCAAAUGCUUACGAUGAUAUGAACAAUUCAGAAGAAGAGGAAGAACAAUAUCAGGAAUUGAAUAAUUACGAUUUUAAAAGCGAUUGUGAAAAUGAGAAUGAAAAUCAACAUGGAAAGUUGUUAGUACUGCCAGAUAGCGAUUCGGACACCGAAAAUUAUUUGAAAAAUAUUAAGCCGAGAAUUGAAAACGAAGGUUUUCCUAUUCGAGAAGCUCUACAUCUCACCUUUGAAGAGACUUUUUUUCUUCUUUUUGGAUUAGGUUGUCUGCAAGUGGUUCACUUUGAUGGCAGUUUGUUGAAUAUUAAUAGCGCAUGGUUAUACUUUUGCAAAGAAAAACCAGAUUUUUUACAGAAAUAUAUAGUUUAUCAUUAUUAUAGGAGUAAAGGUUGGAUAAUCAAGCCCGGUGUAAAAUAUGGUGGUGAUUUUUUGCUUUAUAAAGAGGGACCACCCUUUUAUCAUGCUUCUUACAAUGUUAUAGUUGAAGUAGUAGAUGCAGAUUCUUUAAUUAUCGAUUCAACGAUGUCCUCGCGAACUAUGACGUGGACCAAUUUAUAUGGAUAUGAGAGGCUCUCCGAAAACGCUGCUAAGGAAAUACUCUUCGCGCAAGUUUUAUGGCCAUCAUCGGUACCUCGGGAUAUCAGUGCUACUAGUCCGGAAAUACUUUCAGAAUUCACAGUAAGAGAAUUACUCUGGCGUCGAUGGAAUCCGAAACGACAUCGGGAAGAUGUUCUUAUCGAAGAUGAGGAUGAAGACUCUUCCUGAUUUCCUAAUCAUUAUGCAAGUUUUAUAUAUCAAAUUUUUAUCAUGAUACCGCACACAUCCGCGCGUACAUGCGCGUAUAUACAUAUAUGUAUUAUUCUUUAUUUAAUAAGCUGUAUAUAUAUUUUGCAUUAAAGUGUAAUGUAAAUUGCUAUAUAAUGUCCUAUGGUAAA